UGAUACUCCAACUUCUAUUCUUUCUGUCACAUGCUUCAACUCAUAUAUUCACUGCUUCAAGUUUUAUACUCUUUGUUUCAAGCUGUAUAUUCAUUGCUUUAAGUUGCAUAUUCUUUGUUUCAAGUUGUAUAUUCUUCAUCGCAUGCUUAAAGUAGUCUAUUCUUUGUCAUCCGCUUCAAGCAGUAUAUUUUGUUAUGCGCUUCAAGCGGUAUAUUAUUGUUAUGCGCUUCAAGCAGUAUAUUCUUGUUGUGCAUUUCAAGCGGUAUAUUCUUUGUCAUAUGCUUUAAGUGGUAUAUUCUCUGUCAUCUGUAUCAGGCGGCGUAUUCUCUGUCAUGCUCAUGUUGUAUAUGCUCCCCACAUAUCUAAGUUGUAUAUUCUUGUUUAUCCUAAAAAAUGGAGAAAAAUUAAAUUUAUUAGUGGUUUUAAGGAUACGUGGAUUUAUUCAAUACAAACGGUAAAGAAUGCUAGAAUAAACAGAUAAGAGAUGUAAUAAAUUAUCAUACCUCUUGAAAAUAAAGGGGGGUGAUUCUGGACUCGAGGGCAACCUCAAUGAAUAAUCAGACCCCCCUUUAUAUAGUAAGGGAGUCCUACUCUAGGUACAAUUCUAUAAAAGGCAAAAAAUCUUCCGUUUAACUAAUCAUCGAAUUUCCGCCGGUACGUGCCAAGAUCCACGUCGCGAUACCCAGCUGGUCAGGGAUAUCACGACCUCCCGUUAAUCAUGUUCGGUUGCCCAAUAAUGCUCUCUGAAUUCUUUUAAGAUUUGGACCGAUACCAGGGUCACGGCCCCGAUAUUCUUGAGGGCGGGCAUCGUGCUCCCAGAACCUGUGUCAAUGAGUCCCUUACCUCGAUUUCGGCUCCUUGUCAUCACGUCCCUUACUCAAUUUAUUUUAUCAAAAAUCGGGCUGUUUUAUGAGUCCGAUUUCACCCGUAUACAGAUAGUCCCCUCGUUUCUCGGAGAGUAAGUUUUACGGAAACGACGAGGAAUGACAUGAGUUCUUCGAUCUCUUCUCCAACACGCUGCGACACGAAAUGAUAAAGAAACCGCAAUGUCCCAUCAGAAGCGUCAUAAUGACCCCCAACGCGUAUCAGUCGUCAGCAGGCCACUCCUGGAUGUGAAACAGCGCGAAUCCCCUAUAAAUACCUCUUCUUUCAUUCAUCUUUUACUUUUGACCAAGCUUCUACCUUCGAUCCUUCAAGAUAUCAUUGCCUUCCUUCAUUCUUCAAUAUUCUUACCUUCGUUCUUCAAAUUGCAACCUUUCUUUUACCCCUCACUUAAGCCAGUGUUCUUGAUUUUCUUAGCAAGUUCUCACCCUUCAUCUUCUCAUUCUCCUUCAUACCUUCAAACCUUUUUAUCAAGAUAAAAAAAAUGGCAAAGAUUUCCAAGACCGUUCCCCAGAAAGAUUCUCCUUCUUCUACGCAGCCGACCACUGAGGUCAAGGAGACCCCGCUCCUGAUGUGGUCAUCCUCGAGAGGUCCGCUCCGAGCGUGGCCACUGAUGAAUCGGUAGCUGAGCCCCUCUUGAAAAUGUUUGGGGGGGGGGGGGGUGUUCGGUUAAUGAUGAAUUUAAGGUCGAAAAGCCCUCUUCGAUUCAAGGCCGAUGCGAGGUGGUGUCACUGUACAUCUGCUCCAUUACUAAGGCCGUUCUUCCUGCAGUUCAAAAAGACUGUGACUGGGUGGAUAAGGAUGUAGUGAUUCUCGGGCCCGAUGACGAUAUCACUACCCAUGUUGAAGGAUAUAUGAGUAUUUACACUUAUCUCUUUUACAUUGGGCCCGGUGUACCCGGUCAUCUUGGACUUUUGUAGGAGGUACGACGUAUGCAUCUGCCAAAUCCACCCAUCGCUGUGGAGGAUUGUGAUCCUCCUCUGAUUCUUUGUGAACAAAAUCGAUUCAUGUACUGUUCACCAUCGAUCAUCUACUCUGCUUGUACAGUCCCCGAAUCUUACGGGAGGGAAUGAUAAAGCUUGUACGCUGGGCCAGCAAAGCCCCAUUUUCAAGUAUCGACGAGGACCAGAAUUGGGGUUGGCAAGGAUGCUUUAUCCAGGUGAGGACCUCCGACCUGAUACCUGCCCAGUGGAGGCCACUCCCCGAGAAGUACAACGUAUCACGUAACUAUAACUCUUAUAAAACAUUGAUUUUAUGUUUUAUCUUCACUUUUCUAAUUGGUGUUUGUUGUGGAGCAACCCUCGCUCGAGUCCUAAAUGCCAUUACUCGGCUCAAGGAGUGGAUCAGAGGCAUUUGUUCGCAGAUUCCUUAUGCCGAAUGCUCAUGGCACGAGCUCUCGAAGAGCCGCUGGGAGGCCCAUUCUCACGGCUUGCCUAAGACCAUCGAGCUUAGGCCCUUGGUAAGAGGUGAGUACCUGCCCGAUGAUCGUUCUGCUUCGGGGCAGCCCAGAGCCAUAGCAGGAGAGAAGAAAAGGAGGAGGGCCCCGAGUUCCCCUAGCUCAAAGAAGAAGAAACCAAGGAGAAGGUUGGCUCGUAAGCCAAAGGAAAGGUCCAGCUCCCGAGUGCCUGAUUCAAACUCACUCUUCUGGUUCAGGGACGAGCCCGAGGAGGACUAUCUUUUGUGGCCCGCGAGCCGUCCGUUCCCGAGGAACAGAUGGCAACCAAGGGGGAAACAAUGGAGGCUAAUCCCCCUCAAGUUCAUGAGGCUGGUACAUAGGCGAGGGUCGAGACCUCUCGAAUCGUGGGCUUCGCCCAGUGUUAUAGAAAUUUUAGGAUCGCUCUCAUUCACAGAACCCAUGUUCGAUGAAGCCCGAGUGAUGAAGGAGCAAUCCAAUGAAGUGGCUCAUGGAGCGGACGAUCCCCUUUGAUGCUUCUUUGAUGGUAUAGACUCAACCGCCCUAGAAGACUUCUUCGGGUUGAUGAAUGCACAGUCUUUCGCUCAGUCUUUGAUGAGUGCACAGCCAUCUGGGCCCAGUCAGGGCAACAGGGGACCCCACCAACAUGGUCGACCUGGAGGGAGAUUCCAGCACUAGCGGAGGCCCCCAUGCCCUAAAUGUGGAAGGAUGAAUUUUGGGGUCUGCCUCAUGGACCUACAUAUAUGCUACGGGUGCGAUAUGAGGGGUCACAUUCAGAGGGACCGUUGCUCGUCCCGCCGGAUCAUGGGAAAAGGUGCGGCGCAACCAGCUAGUUCUGCAGCUACUACAUCCACAACACAUCCUUCAGCUCGAGGCACCCCAGCACCCGCAGGGCAUGGUGC